AUGUCUCACAUUAUAAUCCUCGGCGCGGGUGUGACCGGUCUCCAAACGGCUAUCUCUCUCCUCUCUUCGCCUUCCACGUCGAACUACAAGGUGACUGUGAUUGCAUCUCAUGUCCCUGGUGAUCGUUCAUCAGACUACACCUCGCCUUGGGCUGGUGGUGACUGGCGCUCAUCCGCCAGCCUCUCACUAGAAGAUUCUGAAGUGCGAGAAUGGGAUAAAAAGACCUACGAUCACUGGAUGAUGUCAUUGGAUGACAGCGUCGAGGAAGAGACUACAGAAGCAAAGGAAUGCAGAUUAGGGCUGGGGAGAAGAAUGAUUAGUUAUUUCUGGGGAGCUGAUGAUUCAGAGACAACAGGACACGAUGGAAGUGGUCUGUGGUGGAAGAAUGACGUUCGUGAUUUCAAGAUUUUGAACCUCGAGGACAAGAUUGAGGUCCCAAAGGGUGGGGGAGCCGUCUUUGGGAUCGAAUUUCAGAGUGUGUGUAUCAAUGUCCCGCGAUAUCUUGAAAUCUUACUCGAUCGCGCGAAAAACCUUGGGGCGAACGUCGUGAGAAAGGAAAUCAAGACUUCUAAGGGACUCGUGGGCGUGGUCAGAGACGCCAAACAAGUUAUUCUCGCCCUCGUCAACUGUAGUGGUCUUUCUGCUCGGAACUUUGUUACCAAGGCAGAAGCAGACAGAUUGUUUCCAAUCCGUGGACAGACUGUCCUUGUGAAAGGAGAGGCCAAGAUGGGCAGAUCGUACACCAAAAUCCCCAAUACAAAUGACCAGGAGGUUCUCUAUGUCAUCCCUCGACCAGGCAGUGGUACCACGAUGCUUGGAGGCUGCAAGCAAUCGCAGAAUUGGAACUGCGAAGUUGAUAACGAUUUGAGUGAAAGGAUCUUGGAUAGAGUUAAGCGAGAGGGUUUAGCCGAGGAGUUGAGAUCGGGAAAGGGGGGCGAAUUUGAAGUCAUCAGUGCUCAAGUUGGUUUGAGACCAGGAAGACACGGUGGUCCGAGAGUUGAGCUGGAAAAAAAUGGUCCCGUGGAGGAUAUUUAUAUUGUGCAUGCCUAUGGCCAUGCAGGCGCAGGAUAUCAAAACAGUGUUGGAAGUGCAGAAAAGGUCACGAAGAUCAUCCGCGGGCUUGUCUAG